GAAUCAGGUCGCUUCCGCUGUGUGGCUCAUGUGUGUUGUUUAUGGAUCGAUUCAACAGGGUUUGCAGUCAAAAGGACUCGUCCAGGUACCUUAAAUCAUGAAGCAGCUGCCUCCGGAUACUGUUCGGCUGUUGUCCAGCUCCCAGGUCAUCACCUCUGUAGUGAACGUUGUGAAAGAACUGAUGGAAAAUUCCCUGGAUGCUGGGUCUUCGAACAUUGACGUUAAACUGGAGAACUACGGUUUGGACCGAAUAGAAGUGCGUGACAACGGCCAUGGAAUCAAAGCUGAAGAUACUCCUGUUAUGGCCGUGACACACUUCACUUCAAAGAUCUGUAGCAAUGAGGACCUGGAGCGACUGGAGACAUACGGCUUCAGAGGAGAGGCGCUGGGCUCCAUCUGUUCUAUGGCCGAGGUCGCUGUCAUCACAAAGACAGAGGAGGAUGACAUCAGCACCCAGUACACGCUUAACUUCACAGGGGGGAUUGUCUCUCAGAAGCCGUCUCACUUAGGUCAAGGCACAACAGUGAGUGCACUCAAGCUUUUCAAGAACAUUCCAGUGAGACGGCAAUACUACUCCUCUACCAAGAAGUGCAAGGAGGAACUGAAGAAAAUACAGGACCUGCUGAUGGCCUACGCCAUUAUAAAACCGGACUUGAGGCUCACACUCAUUCACAAUAAGGUGGUGGUUUGGCAGAAGGCCAUGGUGGCCGAUCACAGAAGUGCCCUCCUUGCUACUCUGGGGGCCAGCACCGUUGCCAACCUGCUACCUUGCCACCAUCACCAAGAGCAACCAGAGAUUGUUUUAGAAGGCUUUUUUCCAAAACCCGGAGCGGACUACUCUUCUACAAGCUCAUCUAACCCUGACAAAACAUUUAUAUUUGUCAACAACCGGCCUGUCCACCAAAAGGAUAUAAUGAAGUUGCUACGUCAACACUACACUGCCCAGUAUCCGGAUGACCCAGUCCGAAACCGCUAUCCCACCGCCAUGCUUAAAAUUACGGUUCCACCAUCCACAGUCGAUGUCAAUCUGACGCCGGACAAGACCCAGGUUCUUCUUCAUAACAAGGACGCUGUGCUGACUGCAGUAGAUGCAUUGCUGGUUUCUCUCUAUGGCUAUCGGUCCGAUGGUGACCCCCCAGCUGAGAAACAGCUCAGCCAUGAGACAUCCCCAUCAACACCUAGUACUUUGGAGACUGAUGCUUCACGACCGGACGAUGAACAAAGUGUAGAGAGGGAUGACAGUCUCACCAACUUCCUCAACAAUGCACCUGAACACGGUGACUCUGCUCUGUCAACAGCAAUAAGCACUGAUGCUUCACUAGACCGCCGGGCCUCAAACGGCAGCUCUUCAUCCUCCGUAGCAGAGGACUGGUUUGUCAACCAGUUCCCAGCCGGGCUUCUCUAUGACGAUGAGACCGCUCAGAGCUGCCCUAAGAUAGCAGGAACGGGUUCAGCAGAGAGACUAGAGGACAAUGCUGUGUCAGCCGCAAACUCAAACAAAAAACAGAUAUCAGCUGAAGACUGGAGCCGGGGGACGGCUUUGACCGACCCUGUAUCGCGAGAGCCCCUGCAGCCCGUCAAAAUCCAUCAACCUUCAAAGAGCAGUCAUUUUGACACCGAUGAGAUCAAGAGUCAGAGCAGCUCAAACAAAAAGAUGCUCAACGCCAUAACAGAGAAGCGGGCUGCGCUGACGGCCUACGACCUGAUCAGCAACCGUGCCACGAGGGCACCGCUGUCUCCCGCCGCCUUGUUCGAGAAGGAGGCCAGAGUACAGGUCCUCAGGGAGAAACCCUCAGCCAGCCUGCAGGAUAUCAGCGACGCCGUUCACGAGAGGUGGAAAAAUCUGAGGGAGGAAGACCGUAAGAAGUAUGAGGAGAAGGCAAAAAAACACAUGGAACACCACGACCAAAGGACCAAGUUGGCCUCAGCUGAAGGCCCCAGAGAGACGAGUGUGAGCAACCCAAGGGGCCAAGCACAGGGCCAGAAACGCAAGGCCCCACUGUCCAACCAGCAGCUGCUGGACCAGCUCUUCUCUGCACAGCCCCAAAAGAAGACGAGGAAUCCUGCACCUAAGCCUUCGCAGCUCCUUCCCUGCAGCGUAGCUGCCCUUCGGCUGCAGCUUCAGCGCCUUUCAUCCCAGAGCAGCGCAGUGCCACGGGGCCUCCGUCUUGUAAACCGACUGGCCUCUCAGAGCGCCUGGGUCAUUUUAUACGGUCAGAGGCUCAUGUUGUUAAACCCAUUUCGAGUGGAGGAGACCUUGCUGUUUAAGAGACUCCUAGAGAAUAAUAUACUUCCAGCAGUGAGUCUCCAGAACCCUAUACAGUUAACAGAUGGAAGUCUAGGGGGGGCUGAAUAUACUGAGGCUUUGUGCAACAUGGAGAAACAAAGCCCUGAGCUAAACGGAGGGGCCCUCUUCUCUGAUCCCAGGCUUGUGGCUAAUGGGUUUAAAAUCAAACUCACUCCAGGCCUCACGUCAGCAGAGAGACAUCUGGAAGUGACAGCCAUGGCAGACUGCGUGCCUUUCCUCGGUGUGGAGGACCUCAGGGAGAUCCUGACAGCAGUUCUUCACAGGGAGGCCCGGACAGUGCAAGAGUGCCGGCCACUUAAAGUCACAAACUACCUGCAAGGUGAAGCAGUAAGACUUGCUCGUCAGUUACCUACAAAUUUAUCCAGGGAAGAUGUGGAGGAAACCCUUCGACGGAUGGAUCAGCAGCUCGGUGAGAGCAACCAGACCUGCAUCCACGGUCGACCAUUUCUCCAACACCUGUCGGACAUUCCUUCUACAGACCAGGAAGCUAAAGCUCUGCUGAGGCCUUUAGAGCUGUAAGAAGAAGACACCUGAAUCAAAUAAUCACAGCUGUGCAAUAUCUAUGAAACUGCCGCCUCAUUUUAACGCAGCUGGUUAUUCUCAAUGUAAGAUACUCUGUAAAUGAUGUCCAAUUUUGUUACAAACAGAACAUAAAAAUCAAAUAAUUUUUCCUCGUUUUGUGCACUGAUAAAGCAUUUAAGUCA